AUGGUGCCGUUGCCGGUUGAACAGACCGGAGAGUCGGCAGCCGGCGAGUCUCAGACGGCUCUACCGACACCAUUUUUGACAAAAACCUACCAGCUCGUGGACAAUGCCUCUAUCAAUGACUUGAUUUCGUGGAACGAAGAAGGAACAACCUUCAUCGUGUGGCGACCAGCUGAAUUCGCUAGAGAUUUGCUGCCCAAGUACUUCAACCACAAUAACUUCUCAAGCUUCGUCCGCCAGCUAAACACUUACGGAUUCAGAAAAGUUGUGCCUGAUCGAUGGGAAUUUGCGAACGAGUACUUCAGGAGAGGCGAGAAAGGGCUUCUCCGAGAAAUUCAACGCCGGAAAAUUUCGCAGGCGGCUGCUUCAGCUCCUAACACACACACAGUGACCGUGGCCAUUCCGGCGGCAGCUCGGGCGGUGUCCCCGGCGAAUUCUGGCGAGGAGCAGGUCCUGUCGUCGAGCUCAUCCCCGCCGGCCACAUCAGCCACUGUCGCACAUCGAUUUACAAACUACGCGGCUGCGCCGGAACUUCUUGAAGAGAACGAACUUUUGAGAAAAGAGAACGCACAAUUACGUCAGGAGCUCAAUCGGUUACGAGGUUUCUGCAACAAUAUAUACGCUUUAGUAACGAACUAUGCCUCUGGUAACGGCGCUGGAGUAGUGCCUGAGGCAAUAGCUCUGGAUCUGAUGCCCGGACGAAAUCUCCCCGCCGAAGUUGACAGCACCGCCGCAGAUAACGGCGGAGUAAAGGCAGAGGACGUGGGCAAUCUUGUGAGCCCGCGCCUGUUCGGUGUGUGCAUCAGUGCGAAGCGCGUCAGACAGAGCGACAAGACGCGGAUAACCGGGGCCACGACAAGGUACUUCGACGGCACGCGUCAGAUGUGA